CUUCCACUUACUCAUCACAAACAUGUCCCAGCAGCAGCAGCCAUCACAGGAAGCGCUCCUCGCAGCGCUCGCGGCGCAGUCGUCCCGGGCGCCGCCCCCGACCAAGAGCUUCGCCGAGCUCGCCGCCCCCGCGGACCUCACGACGAGCGUCAGCACCGACGGCGGCGCCGACGCGCUCACGAACUCCCGAAAGAUUUACUGCACGCGCGAGAGGUGCGGCGCGGUCAUUCUGCAGCCUGGCGUCGGGGAGUGGGUCGAGGCUGAGCCUGGUAUCCUCCCCGCCGCCCCCGGCUCCCCCUUCCCCGCCGAGUCCACCACCGUCGGCUACUGGUACGUCCGCGGCUCGCCGUUCGCCUUCGACAACAUCGGCUUCUCGCGCCCCGACGCCGCGGCCGCGCUGCCCGACUACGCGCCUGGCGUCGCUGAGGCUGGCGGCAAGGUCAAGUGGCUCAUCUGCGCCGAGUGCGACCUCGGCCCCCUUGGAUGGAGCUUUGAGGGUGGCAAGGAGGCAUGGUUGGCCGUUGACAGGUUGCGGUACGCUGCCGAGCCCAAGGCGGUGGCGGCCGCGUGAGGAGCUAGUAAAAACCGUAAUGCAGCGCCGCUGUCGUGAGUUGCUCGUCGACUCUCGCAGCCCCGCCUCCAUAGUACCACCACACGCAAUGUAUACAUCAUCAUCAUCA